AGUGUAAUUCAGAACCUUUGCUUUGAUACAAUAUUGAUAGAGCUAUUCAUUAAUGGUAGUUUUGGUUUUAUGUUCGUGGCCUCGGUUUACUUCUUGAAGCUGAGAUUAACAAGAAUAGAAAAUCUGUGCCUGUGGCUGUGCGAAGAACAAUUUGCCAUUUGUCCCACAUAUUCAGAUUUAUGUUUUUGGAAACGGCCGGCAUAUGGGAGUUUCAUCAUUUAGUUCUUGAUGGCACAUAGUUUGUUCAACAAGAGACACUUGGUAAAGAUGUGAGUCAUGCCUGCUUUGAUCUUGUUCAAGAGACGAUGGAAUGUUGGAGGUGAUGAUCUCGUCUUUCCUGCCAUCGGCUCGGCCAGUGUCCGCCUCAUCUUUCUGGCAUCGGCCAUUGCAGUAUUUGUCAUCCAACAUCCCACCAUACGCCAGUGUAAACAAGGUGACCUUUUAGCCGGCUUCCUGAUUGGCCUUGUCGUUCUUCUUACCAUCACUGUUGCCUUGGAGAUAGUGAUAGGCGUGGUCAGCGGGCAGGGCACUAUUACGGAUACCUAUCCCCGGAGGUUCCUGCCAGCAUUGCUGUAUAUCAGGGCUCUGGUAUUUCUUGCAGAGAUUGCAAGUAGCUUGGUGGGUGCAGUAUGGGUGUUCAGAGAUUGGGAGUUACAGUCCGACCAGUCAUGUGACGUGAGCCUCGUCCGUCUGGUGCAGGCUGCUCUCAUUUUUAGCUGGUUCCUCCUUAUAGCUAUUGCUAUCUGUGUACUCAUUCUCUUUGGAGGGAAGCAUCGCCAUGAAAAUGAACAGUUCGAUGACUUUGAUCGCUGGGAAAAGAGAUGUCGCAGGUGCUGUUUUUGUGUGAAAAAGGAUGAGAAUUCUCAGGUUGCAUAUGCUGAAGCUGCUGCAGUGUUUUCAUCCCUAUUCCAAAACUUGGAUGUGGUCCUAUCGGACAUUGUCGCAGGCCUGAUCCUGGUCCAAGUGGAACAGGCAAGACGGAUCCAAGAUGGGAUCACAAUGACAGCCGCAUGCAAAGAUCCUGGACCUGAUGUGGCCCUGCCUACAGAACCAGUAGAGAGGAGUAUAGAGACCAUUUGGCACUACUACCAGUACUCCAUGGCAUCCAUUGGUUGGCCCAUUCUAGUUCAUGCAGAUCUCAAAUGCUGGCUCUGCAAGCUUUGUUGCAUGGGGAGGUGCUGUUCGUGCGUUAGGCCAUUAGAUCACAUAGCCGGUGAUAACUGCUGUCAGUGUAACACCACGGCUGUGAGAUCCAUAGCAAGAGCAGACGAGGAGGACCUUCUCUAUGUUAGCUUCAAAAAUAAGAUAUUCCAGAGUCCAUUCAUUGUUGUCUUAGACCAUACUUGUAAAUCAGUGGUCAUCGCAAUCAGAGGGACACUCUCGUUCAGGGAUAUGUUAACCGAUGUGUCUGCAGAUGCUGAGAGGUUGGACAAAGAGGGCCAUGAGAUCUAUGCUCACAGAGGAAUCGCCAACAACUCAAAGUACAUCCUUAAUAAACUAAGUGAACUCAAUAUACUUGAAGAUGCAUUCCAUCAAUAUCCAGAUUACAAGUUAGUUGUAUCUGGUCAUAGCCUUGGAGCUGGUGUUGCAGCCGUCUUGUCGAUUCUCCUCCGAGAGAAGUACCCAGAAAUCAAAGCGUAUGCCUUCUCACCCCCUGGUGGCCUUAUCAAUGCUGAAGGAGUAUUAUAUUCUCAGAGUUUUGUUACUGCUGUAGUACUAGGAGAAGAUAUAGUACCUAGGAUGAGCAUGUGUACCCUCAAACAGCUCAGGGAUCAGUUAAUAGAAGUUAUUAAGAGCUGCCCAGUGCCUAAGUACCGAGUCAUCAUGCGUGGUCUUUGGUACACCUGUAGAGGUCUUCCAGACAAUCUACCAUUGUCCGUCAAUGAGAUGGACCAUGAAGAUGGACUGUGCUGUAACCCCCGGGAACCCCUCCUCCCUGCCAAUCCUAGAGGAGCAGAACAACGUCUCCUAGAUAGUCCCGCAGAAGAACAUAGUCAUAGAGAAGAAAAUGGUGAUCCCCAUGAUGGUGAAAUAGAGACCAUUGCAGUGGAUGUCGAUGAUGGAGCUGCUUCAUCGUCUAAUGGAAGGCUCUCAAGUGUCUCAAGUCGUAAGGAAUUCAUGCCACUGUUUCCCCCUGGACAGAUGAUCUGGAUCACUCGCAGGGAGAUGCAUUCUGGUGGUUGCUGCGGGUCAAACGAUGAAUACUGCGCUCGCUGGGUGACCCAUCGCCAAUUUGACCACAUCGGUGUCCGGCCUGGCAUGAUCAAGGACCAUCUACCCGUGGACAUCAAACAGGCCUUCACUUGGUUGGUUGACCGCAUCAAAAACGGCCAUGUUGUCCAUCCUGACUGUUGAGAAAUAGUGGAGGGCUGAAAUCAUCCAAGGGUUUGGGAAACAACUCACUUGAUUGAACCAGGGUAUUACAUUCACCAAACCCCUGAACUUCCCAAGAGCCUUCGGAAACCCUGGGGUACAGCAUUGGUACACCUGCACACCCCUAAUCAGUUAUAUCAGGAGUAGUGAGUGACCUGUAGGUCCCCCGCCCUGUGGCAUAGAUGAUGCCAGAUUAAUAAUAAUAAUGAUUAAUCAUUGUAUUAUAUGUCAGAAUUCUUGAAAAUCUCAAUGAAUAUGCUUAUAGAGAAUCUAUACGUUUUUCUGUAUUUGGUGUUAAUAAACUUUGAAUUCUGGCCCUGGGGGGCCACUUACAUUGACGAGUGGAUACCAUGCGCGACCAAAAAAAACAUGCAAAAGGAAGUCUUUUUCAAGAGAGGGCACGUUACGUACGAAACAUAAUAAGGGUGUAAGAAACACUAAAAUAAUGAAAAAAAGGGUAUCUAUUUUCGCUAGGAAAGCUACGUGUUUAGGAUCAAAUUUGCGAGGGUGUAAAAAAUUAAGACAAAUGUUUAUAAAGGAUGUACUUUUUGCCACAAGAGUCAACAUUACGUGUUUAGAGUACGAUUUUGCACGAGAUGUGAGAGGUGGGGCUGUACUAAACCUAAUCAGGUAAAGGUAAAACCGACGACCGUGAGUGACAUAAUAAAAAUAUCGCUGUACUUGUUUAGGGGGUCAAUUCAGGGAAUACUUGCCAAGAGUAUCGUUUUGUUUCCAAUACUUGUUAAGGGUAGGGUUUCACACGCCAAUACUUGUUAAGGGGUGCAUUUUCAGAAUAUGGAAAAUACGUGUUUAGGGUGCUUUUCGAGACCCCAUGGUCGUGCAUGGUAUCCACUUGUCAAUGGAAGUGGCCCCCCCCCCCCCCCCCGGAUUCUGGCACGUUUGAGUCCUGUGUUUAAAGUCUAUAAAGCAUGAAAAGCCUGCAAAUGACUAGGUGUGCCAGGACUCUAAAAUCAGGCUGAUUAGGUUGACAAUAAUAGAAGGAUGUAACUCACUUUGGCAAAUUUGAAAUUUUGGUACCAGAAUAAUCAGGAAAAUAUAAAGAUUCUCAAGUACACUUCCUUUUGCCUUUAAAGUAAAAUACUUCACCACAUCUCAAUUGAUUACAUUUGUAGAAAAUAAUUGAACAUUAAGUUCUUAAAAUUACUGGGUUUCUUUUAAGUUUAAUGCAUUUACAAUUUAAAAAAAAAUCACCAAUCCUUGGUCUAAAGAAAAUUUUUGGGGAAAAUAAUUCCAUUUUAUAAUGAUCAUGCUAUAUACAUGCUUAAAGUUUUUUAUUCUCAUUCAUCGAUAAUUUCACCGACAGGCCUACCCGGUGCUUUGAAUUUUAGAUGCACUGUAAUUAUAACAAGUUUUCUAAUAACAGCCCUUAAAAUGUUAGAACAAUCACCAAAACAGUGCUUUGUUGAUACAAUAUGUACUUUGUUGCCAGGGAUGAUUUUCUUUUUCUUGGCAGAGAAGUGAAAUUAUGUGCAGUGUUUAUUGGAGCUUAUAUGAUCAAAAUCUUUUGCAAAGUAUGACAGUGAUUUUUUUUUAAUUGCAUUUUUGGAUCUUUCUAAAGUUCUUCUGGUGCCUUCUAUAAAAAGAUUUUGAUGGUGUUAUAUUCUGUUUCUAAAAUAUAUUGAAGAUUUUAUUUUUGCCAAUAUGAUCAGUGCUGAAUAAAUUAUUUUGAUAACC